CAAUUCCUCAUUACUGGCCUAAUAAGAAGAAAUGUCAAGAGCAAGGAGUGUUCCAGCUGAUAAGGCUGGUCAUGGAAUAAAAGUACGAGUGCACAAUACUGUGUCUGUUCCGUUGGUCCAACCCAGAUCCCCAGACAUGAUCCCUGCGUUCGCUGGUAUUGAUAACGGCGAUGCAGACAAAUCGAUGUUAGUUAAAAGGAAUAGAAAAAUGGGAUUUCAAGUUGAAAAUCCUUUGUCCAGAAGUAGAAAUAUUCGGGAAGAGCCGAAGAAACUCAAUCGUAGCUCAAAGAAGGGACCAGGAACCAUCUCGAUCCCUCUCAAUAUAAACAAGAAAGCAAAUACCAAAGUACAAAAAGCGUCUACAUUUUCCAAUCUGAACGUUGAGCUUAAUAAACCCACAAGGAAAGCUUUCACAGCUAGAGAGCAAGGUGAUGAAAAAAAUGUAAAAGACUUAUUGAAAAAGUUUUUAGACAGUGAUUUUCCUCCGUACAACCCUGAAGAUUUUACUCCUAAGGAUAAUAGUGUUAGUGAGGGUGACCUAGGUAAUAGUGAACUGUUGCAAAACAUUCGACAAGAGCUCGACGAGUGGCUCUCAAAGUGUCCUGAAGAGAAUAAGAAGAAAGACUCUUGUCCUGAGAUGUGGAGUUCAGUGCCUUCUACAUGUCGUGUGGAGGAUAGUCGCAGUGGUACAUUGAAAAGGAAACCUACAAAAGAGAAUGUAGCCGUCCAAGUGACACCACCUCGCCGUGAAAAUCAGCCAAUCAACAUAGCAACUCUCUCCUUCCUGGACAACCCAGACUUGAUGUUUGUGAAGGUCCCCAAAACACCGUCACCUUUACUAAAAACCAAAGUUCUGGAAGAAGCUGACCAUCUUUUGGCUGUGGCUGAGAAAGAACUGUCUUCAGUUGAGGCAAAAAUAUCAUCUGACCGUUUAUUAAGUGCCAAGACGUCUUCUUCGCAAGCGAAUGGGCUCUCUGCAAGAAGGAUCAUGGCUGCUCUACCUUUAAGCCCAACAAAAGGAAGUAUUCGCAGCUCUUCUUCAUUAAAUAGCAGAUCCAAAACUAGCUAUCAAGUUCCUCCUAAUUCAUUAUCAUCUUUUAAUGUUCGUGGAAAUGAAGAAAACUAUAAAAGGAACAACGGGGAACAGAAGAGAUUAACUCAUAAACUUCGUUCACAAACCAAAGAUCCAAAACCAGGACGAAUUACAAGUGAGUUACAUCACAGUGAGUUAGAGGAAAGCAACAUAAAGAAUCAUCCGGAUGUAACUGAAUUCAGCAUGUUUUACGAGCAGCAAAAAUUAGUAGAGAAGAAAACACAGAGCUUCGAGAAGAAUUCGGCGACUGUAAUUUUCAAAUCAGAUGCCAAAGUUGUUUCUAGUACAUCAGUUGUCAAACAAGAUGCUCACACAAAUACUAGUCCAGUUCUGCAGAACGAUCGAUCCAACAUAACGUUUACCCGUAACUCAUCGAUUAUUAGUAUGAAAACAAACAAACCAGAAGAAGAACAGCCUCAAAUGCUAUCAAGGAAAACAUUAGACGUCCAAAAAAUGCCUUCGGUCAAUAUAAGACCAGGAUUCACAAUUCAACAUGGACCUAAAAUCAACAUUGUCGGUUCAAGUGUAAGUUCACACAAACUGAAGAGGAAAAAUACAGAGUUUUUCGACGUGGUUUAUCCUCCAAGUAGUCCUGUUUUUAGCGAGUCGUCGUUUAUUUCAGAUCAGGGAAGACAAAACAAACAAACAGAGUACAUAUGUGAUAGACAUUCAUUCCCUAGUGGCCGUCUGGUUCCCGGUACAUCAAGUGAAAAUUUGAGAGAAAAUCAUCCAAGUAAUUUAGAUGAAAAGAGAGAAGUUUUAAUAGAAUUGAUUAAAUCGGUGACAGAAAAAGUGGAGAAACAGCCAAGUCGAGGGAAUAAAAGCUGCUGUCGUCUAAUUUGUUCUCUGCCUCUUCUUGCUUCAGUUGUGAGAAAAAUCCAAGUGGAUUGUGUGAAAUGUGUGGACUUGCUGAACAGUCAUUUAGACAGACUUUUAGUGUUGAUGAAAGAAGAACUGCGAGGUAACAGGGAGAUCUCGGACAACCAUUGUUGCCAGUUAGACGAGACUGUUCAUUACCAGAUUGUGGAGCUGGAGUUGAUUCAGGAGGAGAACAAGAAGAGGCAAACAGCGCCUGUAACUGUCGUGAGGCACAAAGAUGAGAAUUAUCAUGGAAACACCUGAUUUAGUUAAUCUAUUUCACUGACUGGCUUAUAAUAACGUACAUUUUUAUACUGUAAAAGUCAACUCAACAAAGAGAGCUCCAGCAAGAUAGUUAAUUUAGUAACCAAUUCAAAAUUUACCAUACAGUUAAACAGUUGUAAUAGUUCAAAUAAAACUAU